CGACGCUGGGAUGAAAGGACACAUGAGAGCGAGACGAGAUGUUGCGAGACCACACAAUGGCGGAAGUCGGCAGAUACCAGUGACAGAGGAACAGUGAUGUUUUGCCCGAGGUGACAUGAAGUCUUGAGCAUCCAUGCACAGUUGUUGGGCACUGGAACAUGGCUAGCAAGACAUCCCCUAGCCCUUCAAGGAUCCCAGUGCCUGUGAGAUCACCAGCAUCAUCCUCACCUAUCCCUCCAUGUUACCCUGUUCGGGAAGUGGGUUCCGAUACAUCUGUCAUCCCUGCAAAGCGUACUGACAACAGAGUGCGAAGCAACAGUGAGAAUGGGAUUGUGGCAGACACUGGAAAGUCAGGGCUUGUGUCUCCUCAGUCAGCAAAGGGUAAAGGUUUUGAAACCUUCCUCAUGACUGGUGACAUGAUCAUAAGAACCACACCACCACAUCAGAAGUCACGGGGCAUGGAGGAAGCUUCAUCUCCUAAGUCCAAAAGAAUUGUUUAUGAUGAUGUAGAGAAGGAAAAUAUGUUUUCCUUGGAGACAUCGUCUAAAGUAAGCACUCCAUCCCAUAAUGAAUCCCAGCUCAUCCCCAUGCCUAAGGCGCCAGUGGCGAGUUUCGAGGAACUCUCUGACAUGUCCCAUUCUUCAUCCUCUGGUGAAUUUGUAGAAACUAUAAGGCCACAUGGCCUGGCUCUAACACCUGAUUCCACAUCACUUCUGGCAGACACUUCACGUCUGGAUGAAGCUAUGGAAACUUUGGGCAAGCUGGAGUCAUCACUGCUGGGGAGCGAGUGCCAUAGUGCCGACAGCACGCUGCAUGAGGCACCAAGUUCUGGGGACAGUGGCGUCCACCAAGACAGUAACAGCUCAGAUUCAGACACUGCUGAAAAGAAGCUUCCCUGUUCAGAAGACAUGGAUGGCAUGAUCCGACUGAUGACCACCAGCAUGAGUGAUGAAAAGAUAGUGACAAGCGCUUCCAAAAGUGAGGCCACCAGGCCACUGGUGCGCACUAGCAAGAGUCACGAGAACUAUCUUCAGUCAGAGGCAGGCAUGGCUUUAGUUGCUAUUGACAUUGACGAUCAGAACUUUGCAUACUCAUUAGAUACACUGACAUAUCAGGACACUAAUUCAGACUCUUCGAAUGAAAAGGUUAGUGAACUGCCACAACAGUCACGAAGCUUGCAGAAUUCCCCAGAAAAAAAGUCUGAUCAUGUGAUAGGUGAGAGAGAGUUCAUUCCUGGAUUCAUUAGCUUAGAAGACUCCAAACCCCAGAAGGGAAGAACCAAGCAAGAUGACGAAUCUGGGAGGCGAUAUGAUGAGAAUGGCUAUGGACAAUCAGGUGAUACAAGUCCCACAUCAGAUAGCAAUGGGUAUGGUGAUAAUGGCUUGUAUGCAGAUGGUGAUGUGGACAUUAUGCAGCUGAGCAUGCGAAGUGAUGAUUCAGAUGCGGAGAGUUUGUAUCAUCAGCCUACCAAAGGGGUGGACCAACCGUCUGCUGCCCGCCUUGCCAAAAGACUUUUUAAUCUGGAGGGCUUUCGCAAGUCGGAUGUAUCUCGACAUUUGUGCAAAAAGAAUGACUUCAGUAACCUUGUGGCUGAGGAGUAUUUGAAGUAUUUUGAUUUCCGGGGAGACAGUCUGGAUAUAUCUCUGCGCAAGUUUCUAAAUAAAUUUUGUCUGACGGGUGAAACACAAGAACGGGAGCGAGUUCUUGCACAUUUCUCUCGUCACUUUAUGGAGUGUAACCCAGGGGCUUUCAAUUCUGAAGAUGCUUGUCAUACCCUCACAUGUGCAAUAAUGCUGCUGAACACAGAUCUUCAUGGGCAGAACUUAGGUAGAAAGAUGACCUGUGCAGACUUCAUAGAGAAUUUGUCAGAGUUAAAUGAUGGUGACAACUUUCCAAAAGAAGUGCUGAAGUCAAUCUAUCAGUCUAUCAAAACAGACCCCAUUGAAUGGGCUGUGGAAGAGAGUUUACCUGAAGGUGAACCUCAGGUAGAUGAGCUGGGGACAGGUCCAUUGCCUGUCUCGAUGCCUUCUCAUGCUCUUAAUGCCAACCCCUUUCUUGAUUUGCCAGACCCUGGUAAGACUGUUGAGUACAGAGAAGGCUAUGUCAUGCGUAAGUGUUGCAUGGAACCUGACAGACGCAAAACACCUCUAGGGAAGCGUGGCUGGAAGAUGGUGUAUGCUGUGCUCCGAGAUCUUAUUUUGUACCAGUACAAAGACGAACACCAGGUCCGCAAAGGACAGUUUGUAGAGAGUGCCCAUAAUGUUGUUCGAAUACAUCAUGCUCUCGCCACUAAAGCAACAGACUACACCAAAAAGCAACAUGUCUUUCGACUCCAGACUGCAGAUUGGGCAGAGUUUCUGUUCCAAACAGGGAGUUCUAGAGAGCUGCAGGAGUGGAUUGACACUAUAAACCUCGUAGCUGCCACAUUGUCAGCACCCCCCUUGCCUGCAGGUGUUGGAUCUCAGGCCCGGUUUCAGCGCCCUCUUAUGCCUUCAUCCUGUACCAAGCUCAGUAUUCACGAGCAGCUAAAAUGUCAUGAGCAGCGAGUGGCUCAGAUGGAGCAGGAAAUGCAGCUUCAUCGUGCAGCUGCCCCUGAGAAAGGUUCCAAAUCUAGUGCCAUCUCAAACUAUAUUGAGAAAGAACACUACCUCGAAUUUGAGCUGAAACGGUUCAAAACAUAUAUUUAUCUGCUGCAAGCCAAAAUAAUGGCACCACCAGAAUUGGAGCCAUCUUUGGUAGAAACAGCCAUUGGUGAAGAUGAGGAGAUCUCCCUUCAUGGUUCUCCUGUUGCCUCAGCACCUAGACCCUACUAUGGACCUAUGUCAUCCAUGGCCAUGGGAACAAGUGCAAGCAUUGGCAAAGGCGCCUUCAGCAAGCCUGUGCAACGCAGCCUUUCAGAUAGAAAUAGAUUUGAGUGAGCAAGCAAGGCACUUAAUCUUAUAUCAGGGACUAUGACAUGCACCUGGUAAAAUAUUAGACUUUCUCUGAGUCUGGAAUGAUACAGAGUCUAGAUGCUAAUUCUUGGCUUUGUGCGUGGGUGAGACUUUACUGGCUUGAUCCAGAUUUCAAGGAGAUUGUUAUCCUGGAUUAUUCAAAGAAUGCAUUGUGACACAGUCUAUAAGUUUCAGACAUUUCAGAGCCAUUAAAAUCCCACCCAUGACUUGCUCGGCACUAUCUUCAAUUUUGUGAUGUGAAGAAAAGGUUGUGUCUGUGGAACCCAUAUGUAGUCUCAGAGACUGUUACUUCUGUUCCUAAAAGUGAGCUUCAACUUAAGCGUUGUGUGCAUGCCUAACAACUGAAACCACCACACUCAUAUUCACUGUAUGUCCAUAGUCUUUUCCAUUAUGUUGCUGAAGCAACAAGUACUAACCAUUAUUUCUUAGGGGGUGGGCAUUUACUCAUUAAGGUAGAUCUAAGAAAAGUUCACCUAUGGAUUCACUGCCAAAAUCAUGUCGUAGGUGACCAAACAAACUGGAGUUUUAUCUGCUUGACUUUCUCAGCUAGUUGGAGCUAGCACUCAAAAUUGCUAUUACCCUGUGGAUGUGUUACUAUCAACUCAGGACUUAGAUGAUUACUUACAUUGGGGAUUAGGGGCAGAUUUUUUUUACAUGUGAACAAUAAAGUAACAGUGUCAUAUUCUAGUUUAAAAGCAAAUGUGUCAGUUUCUUUGACAGUAUGUUUCUAUUACAGAAUAAUGAGAUAUUUUGAAGUUGCUAUCUAAAUAUUUAUUUGGUUUAUUUUUCUUACAAAAUGUUAAUUUACAGAUUGGCUGGGUGGUCAUAGUAGUAAACAUCUAUUCAUACUAUUCUACUAUAUUAUUAAGGGGAUCAGAGAUAUCUCUAAUUAUAGCAGUUCUUGUGAUCUUAGAUUUUAGGACUUUUCGCUGAUUUAUGCAAGACAGAUCUUGAAGUUACGAAUAUCCACUACAUGUGUAAAGGGGGAGAGAGACAUAGGCACAAAUGUGAACACACAUGCUCUCUCUCUAGCUUGCUCACUUACUCUUUGCACCCUGUAAGAAUCUCAGGUAUCAGCAGCAUCAAGUCUAAAGCGCUUGUAGACCAUUUGGUCUUUUUUUUUUUUGUUCUGUGAAGUUGUUAGAUCAUUGCAUUGCAGUGUUCUGGAAUUGGUGUGCUGAAAUUUUCACAUACCAGCUUUAUAUUGUUGCCAUACGCUAAAUGUAUUGAUCCACCUUUGAUCAACAGCAGAAGGCAUUACUUUUAUUCUUAGGUGCAAAUUUGUUUCAUUUAGAAGUCCUUUACUCGGAGAUUGCUUGUUUAUGUCUAUAGUUUUAGGAAUAUAUGUCUGUCGUACUACUGUCAUUAAGUCUUACAGGGGCAAACUGUCUUGGUUCAGUUGCUUUGAGGUUGUUCAUCCACUAUGCUGGCAUGUCCAGUGCAGGCAGCAAAGAAACCAAUAAUAAAAAUGACCACCUUGAUAACAAUCAAUUGAAAGUGUCUUAUUUCUUUAGAUCACAUGCUAACCAAUCUUAUUCUCAGCUUGAACAUUUUUUAAUGGCAUAUACUUCUGCUGGGAGCCUACUACACCUUGUCAUGUCAGACAAUGUAAGAGAUACAUUACACCACAAACCAGUUUGUUUCCUGAAAUUCUAAUGUGGCCUCCUGUCAUAUAUUGUUUUACAUAUAUUGGUUUGUCUCACUCUAAAAGUUAUUUCUUGAUCUUUUGUGGUUUAAUGACACAUUUCAGUUUGGGCUUGACUAGAAGGAGCUAAGUAAAUAAUGCAUGAUAAUUUUUUAAUUAUUACCUUGGAAAAUGGCAUUGAUUAGUGGAAUAGCUUAUCAAAUCCAGAUUAUUGAUCCGUUUACAAAUAAACUAAGGGAACAUAAUAGUGACAGAAAUCUUUUGUGUGGGACCAAAAAUCAUCUAGAUGGUCAUUGGAAUAUUCCUUUGAACUUUUAAAGAAACAGUUAUAUGAAAGAAUGGAUAUAUGCUAGAAAGUCAACCUGACAGUAAACCAUCAGGAGAUAAGCAUAACAUGAAGCUGUUUUGAUGAAUUUAGUGUGCUUUGUAAGACAUAAGCGCUUAAAUACAAAAGGGCUGCAUUCUUUGUCAACAAACCGUAGCUAGCAUUAUGCAGUAGACAGAUAUGACCAAGUAUUUUCAUCAGGGUGACUGAGAAUACAUGUAAACUAACCUGUAAUAUUAAGUGGGUGUCUGUCUAAGGUAAUUAACUACAGCAUGUAGUUAAAGUAGGUGAACAUAUAUAAGCAUUUCAUUUGAACAUAUACAUUGGAGAUGACACUAAAGUUUUCAAUAAAAUAUUGUUUAAUUUAAAGGAAAGAAGUGAGUACUUUAGCAAAAAAUACUCUUGUAUCUUAAAGACGAGAGAGUGGAUAUGUAAAUGGAAUGGUUACAGAGCAAACAGAUUACACAGCAAGAUGUUCUCGUGUAGCUUUCUUAUGAGGUUUUUAGUAAACGCUUUGAAUACCAUGGAGUCUUGAUUAAGUACAAUGUUCAUUAUCUGUUCCUUUUCUCUGUCAUCUGGCCAAUCCCACUUUUCACCUUAUGUUGUGGCAAGAUGCAUCCCUAUGUUAGUCUCGCCAGAGAAGCUGCUGAGUUGACUUUUUUCCCUCUCCUUGCCUCAAAUGUGUCAUUGCCUUUGCAGUUCCACCUCUUUGUGUUGCUGUUGGCAAUUAAAGGUACAUUACAUCUUGAAAUGUUGGUCUGAGAGACAACUGACAGACUUUGUGUGCUUUUCUGGAAUAAGAAAUUUUUUUGGGUGGGAGUUCGCCAAGUGGUCAAGAUGUAAGACAGACUGGACACACUGAUAUUCACACAUGCACACUUGCUUUCAAGUACAUGCAUACGUAUAUUAUGACCCUUGGGUUUACUGUCAAAGAUGAGUGGUUACCUCAGCUUAAUCAUUUUAUUGCGUUUUUGAUUAUCCAAUUUAAUGAAAUGCCAGUUGAAGGUUAGUAUCAUUUCUGGUCAGUUUAUGGUGGAUAAAUACUAGCUAAACAGUUUUCUUGGAUCCAUGAACAUAAGAGCUUUUGGUGGCCUUUUAAAACUGUGGGCUAUUUUUAUUUUCUUAGUAGAAAUAGUGAUAAAGAGUACAGAUUGUCUUUAGAGCUCUGUGUCUUCUCUAAUUCUUAAAGAUAACAAAAAUAACUGACAGUGGACAUACAUGUCAUGGAUUAUUAUUUUCAAACCUGUCUGCAUCACACAUAUGUACACACAUCUUGGAUUAUUAAUUAUAACUUUCAAACCUGUGUAGAUCUUCUCUCUUUAUGUUGGUAACCACAACUCUUGCAAGAUUUUGUGUUGGAGCUGUAGUGAGGUAAUAAGGAAGGACCUAAAAUAACUGCAAAGACAAAUGUUUUUAAUACGCUGGUAGCUUGCUUUUGUAAUAUACAUUGAAGAAUGAUAAUAGUGUCUUAGUUUAGGAAAACUAAAUUUAAUCAAGUCUUGGCCUAGACUGUUGAAUCAGAAGUGGCAAGUUUCCUUAAAUGGGACAUAUUUCCAGAAGUUUCAUUUCUCAGUGAACUCAAUGAAGACAUGGCUAAGGAUACAAAUACAGAGUGCCAUGCUCAGAGGAAAAGGACAAUUUCUGAUAUUUUGUCUGUUUUCUCCCUUUUUUCGCAGCAAAGAAAUGGUUUUAUAUAUAUAGCUUAUAUGAGUUCAGAUUUUGUGUGUGACUGAUGCUAGGCAUAUGUAUAAUCAUUAAUACUAUGGUAGAAGAUGCCUUAGAAAACUCUAAAGACCUGACAGCUGUGGAUGACAUUAUAACAAUGAUCAUCUAUGUAAUUGUCAGCAGCUGCAACUGUGGGCAGUACUUGUUAAAUUUACAUCAUGCAGCUGGAUUGCUUGACAUUGGCCAUCAUUGUCAGUACAACUACCUAAUGGAGGACACAUUUCAUCCCUCCCCUAACCCCCAAUCCCCUUCCCCUAUCAUUCUUUUCAUGACAUGAAAAGUUGUGCUGCUUUGUUAGGACUGGAACAAAUUAGCUGCAUUUAUCUUAUGGUUUGGUUCUUUUGUUUUUGAAUUGUGCAUAAUUUCACAAGGAAACAGCAAAUCUGGGCUGUUCUAUCCAAAGGGCAAUGAUGCGUUUCUUAUUAAGAAAACCAUUUAACUGUUAUGUGAACAUUGUAUAUGAAUUUUUCUGACCAAAGUAGCCCAUAGUCUGCUCUUUUGCAAAAGCAGUUUGAGAUGGAUUGAGGGAUGGGAGCAGAGGCCAGGAUGUGUAGGAGUGCGCUGACUUUCUUGUGAACAAUCAUCAAUUGAUGCUAGUCUCUUGUUUUGGUGCCGAGGUUACAUUUGUUACUUGAGAGGGUGAGGACGGUGGAUGGAGAGUUACAAGAAAACUGCAUUUAAGAACUGAAUUGCACGUCUUUAAGUCAUGUUUAUAUGUUAAUUGUGAUACUAUAGUUGCAUGCAUACUUUUUGUCAGCAUAAUUUAAAAUGAUGUUUCUUUGUUAGCUGUUAUUGCUGUUCUUUGCUCUGUUGUUUUACAAAUGCAUUCCCCAUAUAUCUCUCAUUUUUACUUGGAGUUCUGGCUGGUAUAUAAAUUUAUUAAAAUCAGCAAUAAUGUAUGUUACCCUACCAUGUCUGUAUAUAUUUUCUUCACACACAUACACAAAAAUACAUUUAGAUUUGAGUUUAAUGUAUUUCAUUUACUUAUAAUAGUAUCAGUUCAAACUGAAUGUCUUUUUUUCCAGUUUCAGGGAUGGGAAUCGGUUUUAGUUAAAGUUUUAUGGGCUUGUUUCAAGAGAUUGUUUGAUUUAAAUGGAAAUAAUUUCUGGAUUUUAAAAUACCCUGGCGUGCAAAGUGAAUUUCUAGAUUGAAAUAAAUUCAUUAGUAUUUUCUUUGCAAGACAAGUACUGAGAAAUCUCCCUUAUCAUGGCUGCUUGGCUUGCAUAACGCUAAAAUAUUUGUCUUGGGGAAUGAGUUCAACUUGCUCAAGACUAAAAAUUUUAUAUUCACUGUACAGCAUUUCUUGGCUGGCAUGAUAAAAGUACCAAUAGCCUCUACAGGCCUUAUGUCACUGUCAUUCUGCUAUGGGCACUUUCUGUUGUGUUUUACUGUGAACUUUGUGCUUUAUGUUUCAUUUCUCGUCCAUCAGACAAGAAGUUAACACUACUCCUGGUAGGACAAAGGCACUUCUUUAGCACAGCAUCACUUACACUUAGCUCUGGUGAUUUUGUUUGUGUUUCGCUGAUUGCCAGCACACAUCUGCUUUCUCUGUGAUCACUUAGCAUGAAACAGAAGUGUAUGGAGCAUCAAGAGAAAGUAAAGAUUUUAGUUCUUUUUAAAUCCAGAAGGGGGGUGGGUGCCUGAGUGGUCAUUAUCAUUACUGCUCAUGAUAACCAACCUUGUAAUUUACAGCACAUCUAAAGCAUAUCAGAUUCUACAGCUGACAGUAGGGAUUGCCAAAGAUAUAAGGGUUGGUGUUCAGCAUGUACUUGUUUGGUGUGGAAACAGGGCUAUUGUUGAAUUGACCAUUCCUUCCUUUAUGUUCCUUAUUUAUUAUUUGUGCCAGAGACAAAAACAUCUGAGAGAGGGGGGGACAGAGGCACACACAGGAGAGAAAAAGAAGGGAGGAAGGAGCAGAAGUUGAAGGGAGAGGGGGGAAUAGAAGCUUUGGAUGAGCAUUUUCAAAGAUUGAGAUUUACAGCAUAGACAUUGUAUUUCCAACUAAAAAGUGGCAGAUUAAUUUUUUUUUUUUUAGUCUUCUCUCUUGCAUUUGUGGGGAAUGCUAUGCUGCAUAGGUGGGUUUUUUUGUUUGUUUUUUUCUUCAGUGUUGUCAGAAUUAUUGAUAUUUUGUGUUUGGUAGAUUUCUUUUUAUGCAUGUGUUUUUAAAAAACUACACUGCACAUUGAUAAUUGUAUUGACUGGCAAAGGAGUUAAUGAUUUGUUCUGUAUUAUUACAGUUUAAAGUAAGUGGAGGUUCAGUUUAUUUGAUUUAGAUGUUAAUUGUGGACAAAGUGUUGUUAGAAUUUUGUUAUUUUCUUCCUUGUGAAAACAAACAACACUGGUGUCUUUAUAAUUUUCUUACAGCUAAACAGAAAUAGAUUGCCUGUGCAUGGUAGUAUAGAUUUAGAUUGGGUUUUUGCCAAGUUCCUCACUGGGAUUAAUUUUUUCAAACAAACCUGUGAUUGCCACUAAAAAUGUUGAGUUUUCAUUUCCCAUUUGUGUUGAUUAACGUCAUGGUCUUGAAGCAGCUAUUAACAUUGUUUAUUGAAUGUUCGCUCUUGACCAGUUAUACAGACCCUGCGGUCUUCAUUGUUGUCAUGGUAUUGCUAUAACUAGUGUUUUAUUGUGAGGACAGCUGAUCAAUUAAAAUUAGUCACACAUCACUUAUUUAUGUAUUAAUCUUCUGGAACAAGGUGUUUACACCUUAAGUGAGUACCUAGCAGGUUUGCAUGUGCUUAACAGAAAAACGAGGCCUGGAAAGUGUUGAGCUUAGUGGUUGCUGUCUUGGUCUGACCAUGGUGUUAAAGAUGCCUUGAACACAGUGGCACUUUUUAAAAAUGUAUAGAUUAUGGCCUUACUACUGGAGGUUACACCACCCAUGAAAGAAAUUGAUGUGUUGCCGGUCUGUAUGACUUCUGAUCUCACACAAAUUGAGCAAAGUUUGUGCCAAAGUAAAAUUAAGGGGAAACUUGUCACAAGUGGACAAAGACGACAAUUGCUGUUGGCUAUUGUUUUUGUAAAGCAAAAUUUAAAUUUUUAAUUUGAUUUCAGGCUUAUGACACAGACUAUAUUUUGUCGGAAUAUCUUAGUAAAGGAGUAAUAUAGGCAGUGACACUGAAAAGACACUUCAGCAUCUUUGUCAACAUCCUAUUUUGCAUUUUAAAAAUAGUGCUUUGCAUUGAUUUUUAUUCGCAUGCCAUGUAUUUAAAAGUCAGAUGUCAUGCUUCAAAGGUACAUCGGUGUUGAUUUGAAUAUUUGGCCACAGUAAAGAAUUACUAAGUUUUAGCUUUUCUAACCCAGAUUAUACAGUUUUCUGCUUCAGUAUACAGCAUAUAGCAAAGAUUCAAAUUCAGUUUUUUUUCAAACAGCUCACUUUAACAUGGUGCACAUAUGUUAGCAUUUACACACACAUUGAACAUGGUGGAAUACACUAACACAUACAGAAUACAACACAAUAUAAUACAGUGUUUCUCAGACAUACAGGCUGACCUAAGAAAUGAGUCAUCAACUAUUUUUCCUCCCUGUUCUUAAAUGUAGAAAGCAUGUUCUUCAACUAAGCAAAACCCACUUUUUCUUGCAGAAGAGAUUUACAAGUUGCCUAUGACUUAAUGUCACUAUUAUUUUGUUAAAAACGAACAUCACACCAUUCGUGUCACUUCCUGAGAUCUCAAAUAUAUUUACCGGUUAUUCUUAGUCUUACCAAAAGCUUCCUAAAGGAUUUUUGUGACAGUUGGCCUGUAAUGUUUUUUUUUUCCUUUGAAUGGUGAUCUAGUCAGAGACUUGGUGUUAUUAAGUCUCAUUCUUUACAGUAUUUGUGUAUAGUCUACAUCUGCUCAAUAUUUUUAAGAGGGCAAAUAAUUUCUUUUUUCAUUCAUUUGUGACAGCUCUCUGCCUAUCACACGUUAGGACAAUUUCUUAAUACCAGCUUUUAUUCAACAAUACAUUUACAAAUAUAUAUAUAUGGAUAUAGCACUUUCUACCCAUCUACCUAUUCAGAUUUCAAUACAUUAGAGUCAUGGCAAUUUUUUGUAUUUGGCAGACGUCUACUAACCCUUUUAUAUGCAAAAUGCUAAUUUACUUCCAUUUUGCUAGCUGCAUCAUGCAGGAUGAAUUUCUGUGCCAUGGUGCCAACUAAAUAACUACAGUAAAUGGUGAAAAUUGGUCACAAGCCUCUGUGAAGCUUCUGACAAGCUAUUAUCACCCCUGCACAUUUGUAAACAAUUUUCUAAACCUUAACUAUAUACGGCAUGUACUAUAUUAAAAAAAAAAUAUGAUAUAGGUUCUGAAAUUUAUAGUAAAGAUAACUACUUCUAAAAUAUAAAGAAGUUUGAGUUAAAAAUAGAGAGCCUUAAACAGAAUUGAACAAAGCAUUGGUUUUGGGGAGUAAAGUGUAGUUGGCAAGAAGUAAUUGUCUGUGAUUGGAUAUUGAGAAGCAUCAGUAGAUCUAGGGGAGGUGGUGGGGACUGUCAAGUCAGAGUUGAAAAGUACAGAAACCAUGCACAGUUCACUCACACAGGUUAAUAUCAAGCACAGAUUUAGCUGUUCCCAUUUCUUGUCUACACUCUGGCACCCUAAAAAUAUAAAAGCUCCUUCCUGACAUUUUUUAUUCUGGAUCAACAGCAUUCACAAGGUAUUUUUGACAUUCAGUCUGUAUAAUGUUGUGGAAAUGGGUUUCAGUUCCAAUCAUUUUGUGCACUGAUUCUACUCUAACAACGAAAAAAUGGUAUUACAAUCUGGGCGACAUAGUACCUAAAGUGAGACACCUUUUAGAUGGGUUUGUUUUUCCCUUUAAAGCACAACAGUAGACUGCAAGUACCCCCUUGUUUUAAGUUAAGGAAAAUGCCUCUAUUUGUAGCCAAAAAAGUACACAUCUACAGGCAGUUGCAACAUUUUAAAAAAAAGCUGUGUUUUUGAUUUUAUUCACAGAUUGGUGCCUCAGUUGGAAACUGCUUUCUCAUUCCAUAUUUUAGCUGUUCAUCUAGUGAAUGUAAAACUGUACUUGCCAUAUUGGAUUUCUGACCUCAAUCUACCUGCAGAUCACAAAAUAGCAGCCAGAAAAACAUUUUGGUUUAUUAGAGGUUCUGUUCAUAUUGUGUGUCUGGAAGAUCCAUUUUAUUUUUAGUUUGCCAGCUAUGAAAAAUGUUUUGGUUGCCAUGGCUUUCAUGUCAUUUUCCACUUUCAAGACAAAGCAUUGCAACUAUUUGUUUAUUUACUGCCUGAUUUUGCCAAUGUUUCAAAGUAUUCCCAUUCAUUUGUUUUGCUCUCUGUUGGUUUGGCUAACUUAUUGGAUUGCUUAACUUUUCGUUUUGGAGUGAGUGAAUCUCAUAAAUCUUGUAGUUCUUGAGACUGAUGAUUGUCUCUGUAUCUGCUUCCAUGGGAACAAGUUUACUGGCAUGUUUGUCUUGCCUUUUGUAUCUUUGAAAGGUAAGAAAGACUGUGUGAAGUUUUCAUUAAAUGUUUAGAUUUUAUUGGCAUUUUGAGAAGCUGUUUGCUGGGUAAAUUGUGGAGGGUAAUGCAUCUCUCAGUUUAUUUUACAUGAGAUGUUUGCAAGGAUUGUUCAUUCAAGCUCAAAUGUUUGGUCAAUUUCAACAUUUAAGAAAUAUUUGUUGUAGUGUUCUUGGUGUGUACCAUUAUUCAUGCUCAGUUUUAUAAGAGAUAAAAUGAGAAGUAUGUUGUAGUAUUUGAUCCAUAACAAUAUCAUCAGAGCUCAUUUGUAAUGCCCUGACAGAAUCUUGUGAUGAUGAAAAUAAUGCCAUAUUUUCUGUUAUUUAUAUAAGCAUGAAGAGUCUUCUGUAUCUCAUUUAUAAUCUUCCAAUUGUAGCUCCAGCUUCCCUUGACACACUAAAAGAAGAUAGCCAAAAGGGUUUGAUGGGUUGGUGUGAUCAAAGUUGAUAUUGUAAAGGUCAUUAAGUUGUAUUAUGUUAAUAGUAUUAUUCUUUUAAGAUGACAGUCUUUCAACAUUUUCGGCCUAUAUUCAUGGCAGUAAAACCGGCUGUUGAAUAAAAAAUAUGAGAAGCAGAUAGAUUUUGCUGAAGGCAAAGUACAUAGCUUUCAAACAAGGACCUUAUUUUGUUUCCUCUCUUGCUCAGAAAAGAGCGUUCAUUCUAAAUUUCAUUUAAAGGAAGUCAGAAAAUAAUCUUUUACUCAAACCAUGUUGCUUAUAGAAAGUAGAUUUAUAGAUAUUUAUUUUCUUUUAUUAAAAAAAUAUUGCUGUCUCUAGUCUUUACUGAAAAUCAAGGCUCUUUCAAGGUACCAUGGUUACGUUUUUUUUAAAAUUGUUCAUAAAAUCCAACAUAAAAAGUAAUUAAGUUAACCACCCACCCAUCCAGUGUUAAUAUAUUAUAGUUCUUACCUCUUGAAAAAUUGCAGACCUUUAUUUAUUAAGUAGACAUAAUAUUUGUGCCUUAUCAUAGGAAUUACCACUGAAGUAGCCAUUUUAUAUUCAGUUCUUAGUGGAAUAAAUGGAUUUGGCCAUUAGACCCAGUGUGUGUGUUUUGUCCAGAAGUUUCUUGUUCAGAGACAACUGACAUUCGCAUAAGCUUAUGCUUGUCUUUGAAAAUCAUCUCUCUGAAGGUAAUGAUAAAAGAACUCGGACCAGUUUUUUUAUGACAUAGGCAUCAAACUGGCAUCAUGUGGUAUCAAAAUUUAUGUUUGCGAGGGGAUGGUGGUGAUUCACACUAUACAUCAAUAAAACCUCAAAAAGGUCGGGCAUAACUAUUAGAUAUUGAUUUUGCAAAACACAUUUUGCACAAAUUUUAUUUUGCAGAAAUGCACACUACAUCCAAAUGCACACUUGCCGAAAAUAUGGCACACUUAUAUUGUUUUCCAUACACUCCAGUAAAUCAGAACUUUUCUUAUGUGUGUUUUGGAUAAAUUUUGUAAUAGUGAACUUGUGGUACAAAUGCCAUAUUGUAGAUAUCAGAAUACACCUGGUACCCUCUGGAUUUUAUAAAUGUAACUCUUAGAUGCUAAAAGAUGCUCAUGAAGUGGACUUAAAAAAACCUGUAUGGACAUAGGAUGUUGAAAAUACAUUUGAAAACAAGUUCUUUUUGGGAUCUUAUUUGUUUACUGAUACAUUUAUUGAUAGGUUUCAGUCCACCACUAAUCCUGACCAUGAGUUUUAUUCUCUAUGGACACCAUAUGAAUGAUCAUACCAUAUUCCCACUGAUCUUCUCUCUCCAUUCUUGAGUGUGUACAGAAGGUACAUCUGAAAGUGUUGUGGCUGUCUGUGGUUGUGAGCAUAUGAGCUGUAUUGGCUGGAGUGUUGCUGUUCAGGUGGGCAACAGAUCUUUGGCAAUUCACUUGUCCUUAGACGUGGGUCUCCUGUCUGGGGAGACGUUAAUUGUUCAGACCUUUAAAAUCUACAUGAUUAUGCCCUCUUAAAUAUAAGCUGUUAAAAAAAAAUGAUUAAAGCACUCUUUAAAUUUAGGCCACUUUCAGUUGUGGAUUAUUAAUUACCAAGCAUUACAAUGUUGCAAAGUCUAAGACCCAGAUAUACUUUUCAUGCUUUUCCACCUUCACAUAAAAAUGCUUUAGUAUAUGCUUGUAUUUGAGGGGUUGGGAAAAUCAGGCCAUGGUUAGCGUCUGGAAGAAAGAUCCACUGAACAACACUUGUGUCCUGCUGCCUAUCAGUGCAAUUACUGUGUUCAUCAAUUUUUCCAUUACAUUUAGUCUGCUUCAGAUGGCUGAUAGAUUAUUGGGGAAAGCAUAUCAGGAGUAAAGUAGAGCAUUUGGUGUGCAGCUUACUCCAUCAAGGUUUAAUUUUGUUUGAAAUUGUCUGCAUGUUUGUACUUAGAAAACACCCAUAUAAAUGCAAUUCAGGUUGAGCCAACUUUCAGGAGUCAAAACUAAAAGUAAAUAUGGUGUUCACAGACAACACAGAGAAUUAUUUUGAAAUAAUCUUUUGUUUCUGAUCUUUUUAAUGGAAAGACUUAAAUAUUUUAUCUUCUGAAAUUGGAAGGUUAAAUAAAAUUGUCCAUAUGGUUGUAUAUGGGUUGGAGGGCAAGACCUUGCUGUUUUGUUAUUUUUGUUUUGUUUUUUGUGAUACAAAUGAUCAUAAAAUCCAUGUAUUCACUGAGAGCUAAUAGCCAUGACAUUAUACUGUUUCCUUUCACUAGCACUGCAGUUUGAUCAGGUUGUGGUGUGUUCCUAAAGGCUGAGGAUUUCUCAGAUUUUUACCGUUUAAGUUACUAUUUCUUCAAGUAUGGUGAAUACAGGCAGUUUGACUUUUUCCAUCUGCUUUGUAGAUGAAAUGGGUAAUUGAUUCACCAAGUGCAGUGCGGGGUUGUGGCUUUUCACAGCCGCUGAUCAAUAUGCAGCUGAAAUACUAAAGAAAUGAUUGUGGUAGGUCAAAAAGUGGCAUAAUACAUGUGUAUAUGUGAAUUCAUGAGGGAACUGGCGACAGAUUACACAUUACAAAAUGCUAAAUGUGGUUAUUGUACUGUAUUUAAGGACAGUGAUAAGAUGUAAGCAUCUUGCUUAUUAGUAAAGUUUAUCAAGUGGAAACCACAAUAAUAGCUUGCUUGUAUGCUUAUUAGCUGACAGAAAUUGGCUGUUGAUGUUUUGGAUUUUCUGCCCAAAACUGCAGGCUAUGGAAUUUAAUCAGUCUCUCUGGGUCACUGUUUUAUUAAAAUUCAUACAUUAAUCAACUUUAUUCAAUUCCUUUACCCAUCUUGUUUUCAUUGCAGCUUCUAGAGUGUGUAUAUAAUGCAAUGAACUGCGCUUUAUAGCCUUUGGUGCAAAUUUACCACAAACUUUUGUUCAAGAUUGCUGUACAGUUAUAAUGUGGGGUGGGUGCAUGCACACCAACAAUUGUGUUGAUGCGCAUGCAUGCACAUGUGAUGAAACUUGGAGUGUAUAUAAGAUGUGGGUGAUAGUGCAUCAGAAGUGUUACAUGUGUAGUCUGAAUAUUGAAGUCCAGAAUCAUCACACCCAGUUGCUGUUAGUCCUUCCUAUUUCAUUUUUAUUGGGUUUUUUUUUUUAACAUCAGUGCAAAAGAAUUCUCUGUUAGAAACUUGCUGUAAAAUUUAAGUCUCACUCCAGUUUUCAUCUUGUACAGACUUAUGUUCUUGCACAUCUAGAUUUUGAUACAGUUGAAUUAAAUGUACAUAGUUAGAAUGAUGCACAGCAAAUGUGUAUUUCCGGUCUUGUUCUUGUUUGUCGUACUCUCUCUCUUUCUCCCUCAGUAUGGACUCCGUGGCCCUGGUGCUAAUCUGUCUCAUCAUUCAGUCAUGUCCCCAGCCCAUGAGAUGGAACUGUUUUAAUAUUGUGAAUGUAUUUUAGUCCAGAGAUAAAGAGUGAAUGCAGUA